GGGUCGGGAGCGGGAGCCUGGCGCGCCUGUCUGCUGCAGCCUGCCGCGGUGUCGCACUCGCACAGGGCAGGAUUUCUGGGCGGCUACCGACGGCGCCACAGCCCCCAGUGAGACCCGAGGCUCUAAAAGGCCGGGGCAAGGAAGCGACUAAGAGACAACUUUCUUCACCUGCCUUUCAGCACCCAGUGACAGAAAGAUGCUGCUGUCCUCUCCCGCCCACCUAUGUGCAGUUUCUCCACAAGCACCAUAGUCUCCCCAGCUUUGAAACAACGGUCUCUUGUAUCCCAAGUGUGCCUUGAACUCAGCUGGCCAAGGAUGACUUUGAACUGCUGAUCCUCUUGCAUCCUGAGUACAUCCUGAGGGCUGCAUAUAUCCCAGGACCUGGCUUAGGGAUGCUGAGAAUUAAACUCAGGGCUUUGAGGAUACCGCAGCACUCCAACAACUAAGCUACAUCUCCAGCACCCAGGGACAAUGCUUUUGUUGGUGUCCAGGUACUGAUGAGUGUCCCCUGUCACCUGCGUGAACAAGCUACAAGAACUCUGCGUUGUUAUCGCGUUGCUGCUUUGAAUCAAGGUCUUACUGUGUAGCCCAGGCUGGCCUUCAAGCCUAGGAUCCUCUUCAGGCUUGAGUGCAGCCAUACGCCAACGUAACUGGCCAAAGACAAGAUCCAAAUUCUUACUUCAGAGCCUUUGGGCCUAUUACAGAAGCAAUCGCUCUCCACCAGAUCGCCGCCAUCAUGGACACGAGGCUCAUGCGGCCGAUAAAGUUGGCUAGGGUGAUAAAAGCGCCGAACAGGACCGGCUGGCAGGUACAGCGCGCGCAGCUACGUGUGGAAUCUAUGAAUGACACCAGCCAUUCUAGCACAGGAAACAUCAAAAGCCCCGCUCGAGAGGGUGAUGUGCUCACCUUCCUGGAGUCAGAAAGAGAGGAUAGGAGGUUGUGAGGAUCUUGCUGCCGAGUCCUGGAUAUCCAACACUUAACCACAGGAUGACCGGCAACUGUUAAAUAAAGCAUUUGUGCUAUUAAAAACAAACAAACAAACAAUGAGCUGCACAGUGGUAUCUUGGUAUCUUGGAGAGGUCUGGUACAGUCGUACCCCACAGGUGGGCGUUGAAAUGUGAGCCUCUCGUCUUUAAUGUGGUUGGGCUCUCCAGUGAGAUUUUCACUGCAAAAAUAAGUGAAGUUGAAAAGAGACCUUAACGUUCACCGCUCCUCCUACCCCCGUGUCUGAUCUAGAUUGUAAAAUGGUGUGGAUUUUUUUUUUUUUUCAGUCUUGGACUUUUAUGGUUUGUCUUAGAAUUUUACUUGAGGGAUCUUGGAUCUACCAAAGGAUGCUUUCAGUCCACACGGUUCUGAGGUAGUCUGCCUGUUGUAGGCAUGCUCUUCGGGGUGUAGAGAGGAAGACUUCAUAACAGGUUGGAAUAGAAAGUGUGAGUCUUCACUUUCUUGCUGUGCGCUUAACGCAUUUAGCAGGACUUAGCCCAAGAGAACGAGCCUGCCUGAGGGAAAGGGCACAGCUCUCACCUACUGCCAGUCAAGAAAUGCUAUUCCUGCUCAUGGACAGGAACACCCACCAGCAGGUGACCCUGGGGUGCAGGUCAAUAGCUCAGGCAGAUGGACAAAAUUCCAAGUCUGUUCCUUGGGGUGGGGGGUGGGGAUCAUGGCCCUGGAGGAGUCACAUGGCAUUGAGUUUUGCAAAAGACAAUGUACAAAGUGGAGUAACCCAUUUUGAGUAGCCACGAGUCCAGUUAGGCCGGGCUUUACCUGCAGUUUUAGAGCUGACUGGAUUUCAGAACUGUAGUGAAGGACUAGUUCUAUCACUAGUUAGUUAUGUUUCAGAACAGUUGCUGCUUGGUCCCUCAGGAUGUAGUCCACUAUGAAAUGCAAAGUGGUUUUUCUUCAUACAGCGCCUCGGCUUUUAUUACCCUAAGCUAGCAUUCUUAGAGCGGCAGCCGAAGCAGUCAGCCCUGGCUAAUUUAUGUACGGAUGGAAUCGGUCAGGGCAGAGGAGCCACCAAGAGAGGAUAAGUAUCAUUACGUAGCUACUGAUGACAUAAGGUUUGACCCUAGAGUGUGCCAUAUAUCUUGGCCCUGCUGCUUAUUACAAUUGGCCCAGGGGAGAUCACUCUGAGCCUCUCAUCUUUAACGUGGUUGGGCUCUCUGGUGAGAUCUCCUAAGACCAGCCCUGGACCUUCUGACGCACUUGUGCAAACAUCACCAUCUGACCCAACCCAGUGUAUCUUCAAAUCAUUCCGUCAGCCUCAGCCACCCUUUGGAGGGAGUGCCCAGCAGGGUAAUGAGUAACUCCACCUGGGUUCCGCCCAGGCAGUGCUGCCACAGGUGCAGAGAGAGCCCAGGGAGGUCGACCCAGGACACACAAGUCUCACUUUCCUUCUUCCUUUGCUUCCUUGCACCUCCAUUCUUUCAGUCUGUAAGACCGAGGCUAGGCAAACUUCCUCAGGCUGGGAAGGCUCAUGGAUUAAGAGAAGAAUGGGAAGUGAAUAUAAUUGUAAUAUGCAUGUAUGAAAUUCUCAAAA